UUAGCUGUGUAAUCUACAUCUACCUACCUAUUACUCUGAAAAUUUGCCACAAUGACAGACUCUUCAAUGGUAGAUCACAUGACCCGACUGAAACUCAAACUCCUGGAGAAGAAACUAGAAAAUGAACGCGAGACCCUGGAGAAUAUUGAGUCGCCCCUCUCCACAACAAGGAGUAACGAUGGACAGGAGGAUGCACUGCAGAAUGCGCUGAGACGAAGGAAAGACCUCCUGCGGAAGCUUAGGGAGCAGCACCUUUUGGAAGAAUUUUCACAGCCCUGUGUGUUGGCAGGAGGCCACAGAAAGAACUACCGGCCGGAGCCAGUACCUGUUUACCUGACGUCCCCUCUGGCUCCUGCACCAGAACCACCAAGGAUCAUCCAGCAGACAAUGCCUCAGCAACCUGCAACCAUCAUCCAACAGUUACCUCAGCAGCCACCUCUCAUCACACAGAUCCCACCUCCACAGCCCCUCCCGGCCCCCCGCUCUGGAAGCAUUAAGGAAGACAUGGUGGAGAUGAUGUUGAUGCAGAACGCUCAGAUGCACCAGAUCAUUAUGCAGAACAUGAUGCUGAAAGCUCUGCCACCGAUGGCAUUCUCACAGCCCAGUGGGACCGGGCCUCCCUCGCUGCAGCACACCCAGCAGGAUCCCCAGUUUGCUGCUCCAGUUGUUGUGAAAGCAGAAAAACCAAGGCCAUCAGCGGUGCAUCAUCACCACCAUUACCCUUCCCCAGGAGUGCAGGCCAUUCCUUCUCAGCCGCCCCCGGUUGGCUACUCCAUGUGGCCCCCCAUGAUGUCAUCCAGCCUCAUGGGACAGACUGGAGGAUUCCCAUCCACUGUGCAUCACAUGACUGGCCCAACUAGCACCUUCCCUGCAAUGCACACUAACCGAUGGACUCCUCCGCAGCCUGCCCCCGGGUUUGUAGACUCCUCAAGCCUGUAGCAAAGGUGGCUGGUGAGUGGACAUGGACUGUCUGCGUCACCCAUGCACAUGGAGCAUAGCAUCACUGGAGACGACUUUUAGAGAGCUCCUAACAGAAUCUGGCUGACAGGAAUCUGCUGUAUAAAUAGUCACGUGACAUUAGUGGAGCUGAUAACCAAGGGAGAGAUGGCAGAAUGGUGUAAUAAACUGUGGAAAUGCCAAAAAAAACACAAAA